AUGGAUGAGUCGAUUGAGACCGUGACAGCACAGCCUAGCGCGACGGGUAGUGCCGGUGCGAACGAAGAGCUGCACAUGGAGACGAUAUCGCUGUCGGAUAAGGUCGACGGGCAAGGCGCGUCUGCGACGGGCGACGACGAUGGCGACGACGACGGCGACUCGCAGGCGACGUCGCAGCUGGCGGCGACAUCGCAGCCGACGGAAGCGAGCGAUUUCGACGACAAGUCGGACGACGAAAUGGAGGCGACGAAGGCGGGGGAGAGGGUGCUGAGCGCGGAGGAAGUGGAGCGCGUGCGAAUGAUGCUGACGAUCGUGGGCGACCGCGAGCGACGGGAACUGGAGGCCAAGUACCCGGAGCUGAAGCAGCAGCCGCUACCGCGAGACGCGAGCAACAAGGAGGAGGGCGACGACGACGACUCGCCGCCGCGACUCAUCGUCCCGGUCGGAAAGGAUCUGCUCGAGGCGACGCUGGGCGACAAUCCCUUCAUGCUCGACUUCGGCAUCCGCAGCUGCGCCUUCUCGUACAGCCAUUUCGUCGGCAUGCGACGAAUCAAAGCCUUCUCCGAGCCCGACGCCUCCGCGCGCUCGUACAUCGCGUCCACGUCAGCAAAGAUUCGCGGCAACGCGGUGGCGAUUAAAGACAAGCUCGAGGAGAACUGGCCGAAGCUGCAGUCGUCGCUCGCAGCCGCCAUCGGCGAGUCACUGACUGCCACGUGGCAGUGGGUGAAGGAACACAAACCGACGGGAGGUGAAGCAUCAGCGGAGGGGAAAGUCGGGGAGACAGGAGGCGAGGACGCAACGAGAGAGGGGGCGGGAGCGAGAAGCACAGAAGGCGCAGAGGAGGUUACAAUUGUUACUGAUGAAAAGGUUGAAGGGGAAACGAAGUCGGAUGAAGCGAAGCAAGGAGAAGUAGCGAGCAACGGGAGUCCCGUAGAGGAGAGAAAAGAGGAAGUGUUGGACGAGAGGGAGAGGGCGAGGCGCGCCAAGGAGGAGGAGCGGCAGGCGAAGGAGGAGGCUGCGCGGAAGGAGGAGGAGGCGCGGCGGGAGCUGGAGGCGCUGGUGGCGCGCAUGGAGAAGUGGGAGAUCCUCUUCCGCAACCCCUCUCUUGCUAGCGCGCCCGCGCAGACCCUGCAGUUCGCGUGCAACGCCGCAGGCCUGGCCCUGGUGCACCAGAAGCUCGCCACGUGGCAGCAGGUGGUGGUCUCGCCCGCCGUGCUGCUGGACGCCUCGCUGGCCGUGAUUGUAGCGAACGGAGGAACAGUGCCCGAGAACAAGGGCUACCAGCCGUCCUUCCCGUUAGAAGCACAGAAGAGUGACAGGGGAGGGGGGAAGGGGGAUGAGAGCGCGGGGAAGGAGGGGCAAGAAGGCGAAGGGCAGGGGAGUGCGAUACGGUGGGGAUCGGCAGUGAUCAGAGGGCACUACCUGCCAAAGAGAAUAGGGGAGUCGCUGCUGCUGUCACCACAGAACUUCAUGGCGCUGGCGGUGACGCUGCCUGCUCGCCUGCGCACGUCCCCCUGGAGAUUGCUCUACUCCACUGCCAGGGAUGGCAUCAGCAUGUCAACAUUGUUUCGGAAGAUCAAGGGCAAGGGCGCGUGUCUGCUGGUUGUGCGUGACUCGAAUAAAUACGUGUUUGGGUGUUUCACCAAUGAGGAGUGGCGCCCGAUGGACCGCUACUACGGCAAUGGAGAGUGCUUUGUCUUCCAGGUGCAGCCAGAGUGUGUGGCGUACAGGUGGGCGCGCACCAACAGCUACUUCAUGCUCUCCAGCAACGCCAUGCUCGCCGUGGGGGGCGGCAACCACCACAGCCUGCUGCUGUAUGCUGACCUCCUCACAGGCGCGAGUGCACCAUGUGACACCUUUGGCAGCGCCAUCCUUGCCAGCCGUUCACCUGUUCCUCACGCGACCAUGUCGCAGUCGCGCGCUCCUCUUCUCAUCUCCCUCCCCUCCGAUCACAUCUCUUACCCCUCGUACUCCGAUCUCCUGCCGGUGCCGCCAAAUCCGCCGUCAUCCCCGUUACUGCUCUCCUCGAUUCUCGUUAAGAUCUUUCAUUGGUCAGACAUGGUGGAUUUGAUUCCGCCAUUGGCGUGGCUGCACAUAACGGUGGGAGUCGUAGGUGUGCUGAUCAUGACCUACACCUUCAUGAUGCGCAAGCUGAAAGAGGAUCUGCUUAUAUCGGAGACGUUCGCGGCGCUGGUGGUGGGUGUGCUGCUGGGGCCGCACUGCAUCCGCGUCUUGGACCCGCACGGCGCACUGGGCGAAGAAACGGCGCUAGCCGUGCUGCAAGAGCUCUCCCGCUUGGUGCUGGCGGUGCAGCUCGUCUCAGCAGGCCUGGGCCUGCCUCUCAAGUACGUGGAGCGGCAGUGGCGCACGCUGGCCGUGCUGCUGGGCCCCACCAUGCUCGCCACGUUUCUCAUCUCCUUCGCCCUCGCCCUUGCACUGCUGCCGCACGCGGGCGUGGGGUGGCAGACGUGCCUGCUCGUCGCCGCCUGCCUCACGCCCACCGACCCCGUGCUCGCCUCCACCGUCCUCCAGGGCCGCUUCGCUGAAAUGCACCUGCCAGCGCCGCUGCGCUUCAUGCUGCAGGCGGAGAGCGGGGCGAAUGACGGCAUGGCCCUGCCGUACGUGUCGCUGCCCAUCGCACUGCUGCUGCAGCCCACACUCAAGCUCGCGCUCACCAACUGGCUCGCCGUCUCCUGCGCCUACCAGGUGGGGCUGGCCAUAGCAGCAGGGCUGGCGUACGGGCUGAUAGCGCGCGGCCUGCUGCUGCUGGGCGACCGCUACGGGCUGAUAGACGAGCCGUCCUUCCUCGCUCACAUCAUUGGCCUUGCUCUCGGUGCCCUGGGGCUUGUUCGGGCUGUCGGUGCAAGCGGGGUGCUGGCAGUGUUUGUGGCAACAAUCGCCUUCUCCAGCCGGGAGCCCACAGCAGAGGAGGGCCGGUACGACGCGAUAAACGGCAUAGAGAUCAUCGUCACCAUCACCUACUUCACCUACUUCGGCGCCUUCCUCCCCUUCGCUGCCUGGCGUGCCCUCGGCAUCCCCCGCCUGCUGCUCUUCAGCGCACUCGUCCUGCUGCUGCGCCGCCUGCCCGUGCUGCUCGCACUCGCUCCCUGCCUGCCCGAGCUGCACCGGCAGGUGGGGUCCAAGCGAGCGGUGUAUUGUCAGGCCGGGUUUGCGGGGUUUUUUGGGCCGAUUGGGGUGGGCGCUGUGCUGUAUGCGGCGCAGGCGUGUGAGGAGCUGGGGGGGGACGCGACGGCGGCGCACGUGGUGCUGUUUGUGGUGGUGGCGUCGGUGGUGGUGCAUGGGGUGACUGCCGCGCCCUUGUCUCGCCUGCUGUCUUCGUGCAUAAAGCGAGCGGAGGAGGAGCACAGGUUGCAGCAGCAGCAGCAAGAGCAGCAAGAGCAGGUGGAGCAGCAGCAGCGGGUGUUUGCUGCACUGCCGUCAGUGGCAGCAUCACCUGCAAUGGACUCGAGUAGUGAAUGCUAG